ACUGCAUCUUUGCUGCGGUUCUUGAUCUUUCAGAACUCUCGUCCAUGCCAACACUUGACGAUCCUAAUAUCCCUUUCGAGUCUCUCUGUUACCGCUGAAGUCUGAUCCCCGAGGACACGCCCCUGCCUCUUCUCUGUCGCUAUCACCCUCACCGACACGCCUCCCACCGAGUUUCCCGGUCCGACUCAAUGCCCUUGGCCGUCUGAAGCAUUGCUCACGCCCCGCAUUCGAGUAGCCUAUUAAGUUUUGCACCGUGAUAGGAACUGUGCGACGGGACAGACGGCAUGAUAAUUUGAAUCUCCUGCGAUCAGCAUUCCGUUUAUGUUGAUGCGUGGUUGGGAUUACUCUCAACGACCUUAACCCGUCGUUAAUCACCGCCGAUAGUCGACAUUCUCAGCCUGUCAACUUAUUACAUGUUUUGCCGCUAGACAGUGUAGUUCUCUACUUGGAAUCGGUGGACUGCCAGGAUGAGACCGAUGGAGUCCGCAUCCUCACCGGCGUUUCCUCACUUGGACCCCAUUGUGCUGGACGUCGACAUGAACGGACUGUAUCACGACGGCGACAUGGAGUUUUUGAACAAUGGAAAUAUUGCUAAUGAGGGCGGAAGAGACCUGGACGACUUUUUCAUUACCCCGUCGGAAUCCGGUAACGGAAACGACAUGGAGUCCUACCCCUCCACCUCAGAUGUGAAAAUGAAGAAGAAAGUACGGGGCACCGCAGCCUUGAAGAGACCUCACACAUUUACCUUGGACUCAUCUUCAGAAUCCCCAGGUGAUAACUCAAGUCCCUCUUCAUCCGCUGAAUCCCCCGGCGAUCAUGGUCGAAAUUCAUCUGUCGGCUCGGCCAUCCACAGUGAAAAUGCGGUCAAUUUCAAUGGGGAUGGAUGGCUGGACCCUCAGACCUUUUCUGAGAAGGAUGACAAUCUGUUUGGUAUGGAUGCUAAUAUAGGCGGUUUCAAUCCCAAUUAUGCCGAUAUAGAAUCGAGCAACAGGGUGAUGGACUCAGCAUUUGAUUUUGAAAGUGCAGCAAGCAGUCCGACUCCAUUAACAAUAGACGGCGUCUCUGCGCCUGGAGCUUCCAUAAAGCAAGGCCGCAGUCCAGCUACAACUAUGAAUCACUUGAAUCAAUACAAAGCCUCCGGAUUGAGCCAACAUUCCGCUUCUCCUUUCUAUUCUCCUAGGUCAAGAGAGGCAUCACCCAUGACAUCGAAGCUUCAUCACCCCCAUGCACGCUCUGGAUCUUCGCAAUGGAGCGGCCGCUCUCCUUCUUCAGCUCUAGAGGACAAUUUUGGCGCCUUCUCCGUAAACACCGCCUCCCCUCUCAACCCAACCUUGUCACCUCCGAAUACGAACAUUUCUCACAUCAGCAUGCAUUUUGGAACACCUGAAUAUUCUAUUCCAUCCCCUACCCACGCCAAUGCAGUUUCGCGCGGUCGAAACCGUCCCAUAUUACAUGUACAUCCGACAUCACUCAAAUCUCGAGUCGAAACUCAGAUUCCCAUCCGACUUACUCUAUUUCCGCUUCCUGGUGGUGUUCAAAAAUUGCGUCUACCAACACACACUAUCUCUAAACCAAAGUUCCUUGCGAAACCGGAAGUGGGUCGAUCACCUGAAAUUCUUGAGUUGUACACUACUCUUGUAUGUUCUAGUGCAAUGCAGGAUAAAGCCAAGCUGGAAAGGGCUUUUGCAAGGGCUCGCGGGGAAGCAGUGAAAAGAGCUUCACCCGUUUCGCCAACAGAGGAAGGAAAAUCACCAGAAGAUGAUGAUGACAAACCUUUGGAUGGUGGAGAAGUAAAAAUAUGUCAAGGUUGUAUCCAGCGAGAACGAAAGCGGGCAUCAAGAAAGAAGCAAAGAAAACCUGAUGAGGAUGAGCUCUUUCAGAAAAACGAGGACAAGAGAGUCAUCGUAUUCAAUACUCAUGAAAUCAAGAAUUGGGUGGAACCGCCCAAAGAUUCGUCCAUGUCUUUCACACCUCCAGGAGCUAUGCAGGUUGAGUUGCCAAUGCGCAUAGCGUGUUACUGUCGACAUCAAAAUGAGAAGCUUGGCUUUCAGGUUAUUCUUACAAUAAAAGAUCAUCUCGAUAAUGUGGUCGCUCAAGCGACUACUAAUUCCAUCAUGAUUACGGACGAUCACAAGACACACUCUGCAUCCUCGGCAGUUAAUACCGUUGCUGCAGCUCCUAGCUCUGCACUUCCAGAUGGGACACACCUUCCUGGUGCUGGUGUCUUUGUUUCUAGUCAGGAUGCCGCAAAGUCUACAAGUGUCGGUCAGAAAACAUUUCGUGCAUCGUCUACUACAGACCUUCAAAGCUUGCAACAGCAGUAUGCUUCUCAAUAUCCAAUGACCCCAGGCGCCUUUGCUAUUCCUCAGCCCGCUGGAACACCAUCUUCUUCGGCGACCCCACGCAACUUGUCCAGGCAAGCGUCUCCAUCAGAACACCCAGGGCCAUCGAGCAAACGUCGGAAGCACAGCAAUUCCGGAAAGCUGCCCACGGGUUUAACUAUGACAAAGCUGGACGGACUUCAAUCCGCACCUUCAACAAGUUCGUCUACUGCAAAUGGGCAAUAUGCAUCCAGUACGCGGGGACUCGUCUCACCGGUUGAGCGACCAUUUGCUACACCGAUUAGUUUCGGUAAUGGUCCACCAACGCCAAACGGCCAUGACAGCAAUCCUUACUUUGGCUAUCUACCACAAACUCAGAGCGUAGAUGGAUUCGCCCAAACUGGAUCAGCUCCCAAUUCAGCCCACGCAAGUCGCCAAGGAUCGCCUGGAUUGACCUCGCGCAACACCUUUGCUGAGCCCGCUCAUGGCUUGCCGCUUGGACCUAAUCCCGUAAACCAAGCGUGGCCUCAUAUGACAAAUGCUGGAAAUCGUUUGCCAACAAUCAUUCACAAACUUGUGCCAGCUGAAGGCUCAACUACUGGUGGAACAGAGGUCACCCUUCUAGGUAGUGGGUUUUAUCCAGGCAUGGAAGUCGUCUUCGGAGACACUCUCGCCACGACGACUACUUUCUGGGGUGAUAAGUGCUUGAAUUGUCUUACACCACCUGCACUUCAGCCUGGCAUUGUUCCUGUGGUUUUCAAGCAUGAGCAUCCGACAUUUGGUCAGGUUCCCCAGACUCAGCCAAUACUUCCCAAGCAACAGCACUUCUUCCGCUAUGUGGACGAUCGAGAGCUUCAGAUGUAUAGAUUGGCUCUCAGCAUUCUUGGUCAAAAACUACGCAGCCCCACCGAUGCCUUCCAAACAGCUCAGCGUAUCAUGGGAGGUGAUCAGACUGCGUUGUGGAACUUGCAAAAUGAUCUUCAAGGGGGCAGCAAUGGACAGAGACAAGUUCCCAAUUUCAAUGCACAGAACCAAACAAGCGACUUAGACUCUAAAAUGCUCACAUAUCUCGAGUUUAUUGACCUUGAUGAUAGUCCCCGUGCUCCAAAGUACAACUUGCGGUCCAUUACGGGUCUUACACUGCUACAUUUCGCUUCGUCCUUGGGACUGACGAGAUUCGUUGCCGGGCUUCUUGCCAGAGGAGCAAACCCCGAUGUUCAGGAUAAGAACGGACACAGCGCAAUGCACUUUGCUGCCUUGAGUGGACAUGCCCACAUUAUUCACCGUCUCCGUCUUGCUGGUGCCAAUGCCUUGGCUCGAAGCGUCCGGGGCUUUACUCCUGCUGAUAUUGCGAUAUCUCUACCUGCUCACCAAGCUGCGCUUAUUCCUGCCAGCCAUUACCGGUCUCGCAGCGUCGGUUCCUCUCCUUCUCUCCGUCGCCGCCAUAGUAGCUCUGUUUCUUUGAGCUCAUUCUGGGAAACUUCUUCGGCAUCUGGUUCAUUCAAUUAUCCCCAAGAAGAAUCAGAAGAAAGUGAGGAAUCUGCCACCGAUGAUGAAGAAAUCGAGUACAUUUCCUCUUCUCGGAGAUCGAGUAUCCACCCUGACCCGGCAUCUUCUCUCUACUAUACCCGCUCUAGGGAGGGAAGCGUACACGUCGAUGGUGUUAAUGCUCCAGCGGAAGCAGACGUCCAGGCAGAAGGUGCUCCUAACCCGUCUCCACCAGCAGCUUUGGUGGCAUGGCGCAAUCAUCUCGCAACCCAGAUCCACCAAUUCCAGCAAAGUGUUGGAAGAGCCUUCCCGAAUUUGCCCGCUCUUCCCCCAAUACCUGCUUUACCUGAUUACCAGGCUUACCCGAUGAUGCGUCGGAUUACCAAUUUGGUGCCUAAUAGGCCAGUCUCCUCCUGGUCACCGAGGGACGGGUGGUGGGAUUUGCUGAAAGGCAAUUCUGCUCAAGCUGCUAAUGAGCUCCCUGCUUAUGAAGAGCUAUAUCCACAUCAAGAAGUGGAUGAAGAUCGUGACCAUGAACUCAAGAAACAGUCCUUGAUUAGGGCAGCUGCAGAAACAGCGCUUGACGAACACUUUGAGGCGAAACCUUCCUCGUCGGCCUCACCCGAGUCAGAUGACGAGAUUACCGACAUUAGGAUCGGUCGAAAGACUGUUAUUUCCCGCGAACAGCAAGAAAAACUAAGACACCAGCAGGCUCUGAAGAUGAAAGGACUCAGGAAGGACAAGAACCUGUACUUCUUCUGGGUAAGUAUAAAUCGUCUUUUUUGUUUUCCAAACUAACCUUACUUUUAUUUAGAUUCCAAUGUUGCUCCUUUUCUUGGGUCUCUGGCUACGAAACUUUGUUCCGGGUUUAUGGCAUGGUAUUUCGGAUGGAUACGAGUUUGUCAAGAACCGAUACCUACAUCGUACCGUUAACGCUGCAACAUGAACAACUUUCGCCAAUAGCUCAUACGUGUUACCCUUUUUUUUCCCGGUCUCUUUUGUUUUCUACGUUGUUUUCAAUGUAUUGCUUGCCCUAGAUAUCUGUCUACUGGUUUGGAGGAGCUUUUCUUGUCUUGAGGAAGGAUAUUUAAUGUUAUACAGCGUUUAGUUUCUUUUUUUCUUUGCGGCUACGCAGAUAACCAAAUGGCUCUCGGGGCUUCUGAGAAAGGCAUUCAUGUAUAUAUUGUACACACUACCUUAUGUUUAUAAUCCAAAUCUGAACUAGA